AUGGCAUCUUCCGAUCCGGAGAAAUUGGUCGCUAAAGCUGAUAAAAUGACGAAGCUCAGCUUGACGAGAUGGAAUGCUGAUUGGAGGAACGCCACUGUUCUGUACGAGCAGGCGGCAAAUGCAUAUAGGCUUGCGAGAAACUAUGAUAAAGCAAAGGAAGCAUUCGAGAAGGCUUCCAAAGGACAAGAGAUGCAAUCUUCGCCUUGGGAUGCUGCAAAACACAUGGAGUCUGCAGGAGCUAUGGCAAAGGAAGUAUGCAAAUGGAAUGAAGUAGCCGAUUUCUAUAGACGUGCAUCCGAGUUGUACGUUGAGGCCGGAAGGGCCCAGCCUGCAUCGGAUGCUCUUGCAAAGGGUGCUCGUGUUUUAGAAGAUAAGUCCCCUGACGAAGCUAUCCAGCUUUACAUUGCUGCUUGUGAUAUUCUUGAAGAGGAUGGGAAGGAGCAGAUGACCUUUGAUCUGUAUCGUGCUGUUGUGAGCGUUUAUGUGAAGCUUGAGAAGUACACAGAUGCUGCAACUUUUCUUUUAAAAUGGGCAGUGGCUGCUGACAAGUGCAAUGCUACGCACAGCCAGUGCAAGGCUUAUCUCAGUGCAAUUAUUGUGUAUCUCUAUGCACAUGAUUUCCAGCAAGCAGAGAAAUGUCACAACGAUUGUUGCCAGGUUGAGGCUUUCUUCAACAGUGAUCAAAAUCGUGCUGCGACUAAGCUACUCUCUGCAUACACUGAUGGUGAUGCUGAGGAAAUCAAGCGUGUGGCUCAAUCGAGUAUUAUUUCCAAUCUUGACCAUGUGAUCAUAAAGCUCGCGAGGAAAUUGCCGACUGGGGAUGUAACUGCAUUUAAGAGGGGUGCAGCAGAAGCACAAGAGGAUCCGUUUGAUGAAGAUGAUCUUACAUAA